CCGCCGCCUGUCGACCACCCACGACUCUCACACUCAGCACCACCAUGUCGACCUACUCCUCGGACCCGCAGCGCGUCGACGACAAGUCCAAAACGCAGAAGGACCCGGUCGGGGCCAGCCACGGCGUCGUCGACAGCCAGAACGAGGCCUUCUUCCGCGACCCGCCCAACAACCUCGGCCUCUCGAGGGCCGCCGACCAGGACCGCUCCGCCGACCUCGUCGGCAGCCAGAACACUCAGCCCAUCGCCGAGCCGCAGACCGAGGAGGAGCGCAAGCGCGUUCAGGAGCUCGCCGACAAGCUCAACAAGUGAGCGUGACGUCGUCGUCGCCGCCUCGCCGCACCCUUGUCGCCUUGUACAGACCCCCUCGCACGCUUGACGCAGUACCUGCAACGCAGUAGUGAAGUGCCAGUCUCGCU